CGUGUCGUGUUCUCAUUGGACCUUACUCCCUUCCACCUCUCAUAGGCGACAAUUUUUAAGCACCACAACCAUCCCCACUUUUUCCAUUCCAUUUUAAUUUUCUCUUUGCGUGCGGCUACGCGCUUACUCUCUUAUUUUCUUACUCUAAACAGAAUCCAGUAAUACAUAAAUUAUUUAAAGAUGUCGCCAACUGAAUCAUCACGGGAGGAGAAUGUCUACAUGGCCAAGUUGGCCGAACAGGCUGAGCGUUAUGAAGAGAUGGUUGAGUUUAUGGAGAAAGUAGCCAAAACCGUUGAUGUUGAGGAGCUCACUGUUGAGGAAAGAAACUUGCUUUCCGUGGCUUACAAGAAUGUGAUUGGAGCUAGAAGGGCCUCAUGGAGGAUCAUCUCCUCUAUUGAACAGAAGGAGGAAAGUAGAGGAAAUGAGGACCAUGUUAAGAUUAUUAAGGAGUACAGGGGAAAGAUUGAAUCUGAGUUGAGCAAGAUCUGUGAAGGAAUUUUGAACCUUUUGGAAUCUCAUCUUAUUCCCUCAGCCUCAUCUGCCGAGUCUAAGGUAUUUUAUCUUAAGAUGAAGGGUGAUUACCACAGGUACUUGGCUGAGUUUAAGACUGGAUCUGAAAGGAAGGAAGCUGCUGAGAGCACUUUGUUGGCUUACAAGUCAGCUCAGGACAUUGCUCUUGCAGAAUUGGCUCCUACUCACCCAAUUAGGCUUGGACUUGCUCUUAACUUCUCUGUGUUUUAUUACGAAAUCCUCAACUCACCUGAUCGUGCUUGCAAUCUUGCAAAACAGGCUUUUGAUGAGGCUAUUUCUGAGCUAGAUACAUUAGGUGAGGACUCGUACAAGGACAGUACAUUGAUCAUGCAACUUCUCCGAGACAACCUGACACUCUGGACUUCUGACAUCACGGUAACUUUCUCUCCCACUUUCAAAUAUCUUUAUAUGUUUAUACAUAUUGAUCAUGUAAAUAAUUUUUUCUUUGUUAUGGUGAAAUUUUAGGAUGAUGCUGGGGAGGAGAUCAAGGAAGCAUCAAAACGUGAAACCGGAGAAAGCACUGGACAGCAGUGAUGACCGAAGAAAAGCUUGGAUGGAUUAAAGAAGAAUGUGUACUCUGUAUUGUGAUUUUUAAGUAGAUCCAAUCCAACCAUGGUUGUAGUUGCACAUUUUCUUAAUGAAUGAACUCAGAUGUCCUUGACGUUUCAGGGUUGGAACUAUUCCGACGUAUUAUAUAUUUUGCUAUUUUGCUUUUCAUA